AUGUCUAACAUCAAGGUCAAAUCAUACACACCGAGCUGGCUCAGCAAGCCAGCUCCAGGACACGCUCUGUUCCAGGCCACACCAGAAGAUCUCAACACAUCCGUAUUCUCCCCUUAUGCGUCCACUAAGAAGGCAAGACCUGGUCCACGACGGACUAUCGCGCGCCGCGGUACCGAGGUCUUUGUCGCGGUCAAUCGAGAGAUACGAUGGGGUGACUUGGUGUACCUGAAAGAGUCCUGGGCAGAGAAGGGAGCCAGUACUCGCAUCAAGAGGGAGGAUUCUAACGGCUCUUUCUCAAUCUACGACGAGACACGAAUUGGCACCGAAGGCGCCGACGGGCAACCUGCUGAGGGAUACAGGAUCAUCAAAACUCCUGUGGCCGAUGAGAUCAGGCAAAUCGUCGUCUCACCAACUUCGAACUACCUCGCAGUUUUGACCGCCCAUACCGUACAUGUCUGCGUCCUCCCCGACUCCUCGCAUCUCACCGCGCCGGACAGCACACCUCUCAAACCGAAGUUCUUCACGCUGGGCCCGACGACUCAUGUCACAUCGAAGUCUGCGGUCAUGUCCGCGCUCUGGCAUCCUCUCGGUGUCAAAGGCACGUCACUUGUCACAGUUACUGAAGAUGCCGUGGUUCGGGUGUGGGAGGUCUCUCCCGCCGACAGAUGGUCGUUUGACGCUCCAACGCUGUCUGUUGACCUGAAGAAAUUAGCCAAUGGCGUCACUCUAGAUCAGGACUUCACAGCAUCCACGACAGCGACAAAUACCUCUUUCUCGCCAGAUAUGUUUGACAUGGAGGUGGCGGCUGCAUCUUUCGCUGCGAGGGGAUCCGGCCUCUGGUCCUCAAUGACUCUGUACAUUGCCAUGAGAGGAGGCGACGUCUACGCCUUGUGCCCACUCCUCCCAGAACUCUGGGCCCCGCCCCCUACCCUUGUCCCGUCACUUUCAGUCUCUAUCGUGGCCAAACUGGCAGCCAUCGAAGACGACCCCGACGUUUCCCCACAAGACAAGCUCCUUUCGCAGCAGCAGCUCGAAUGGAUGUCUGAUCUGGAUAACCAGGAGCCCAAGAUCAUUCAAGAUACCUUGGGAGAACCACCCAUCGAGGUAUACCGGCGUCCAACACACCCAGGAUUGAUACCUAGGCUCCAAGGACCUUUCGAUUUCGACAUGGAACCAAACGAGGACGAACAGGAUGACCUUGACAUGGAGCUCUCAGACAUCUACGUCAUUGGUCAGAAAAUGGAGACAGACGAUCUCAUGCUCGGAGAGGAUGAGGUUUUAGAGCUCGAUGAGAAUGAACAGGAAGGCCUGUCCUUGACUGUGAUUUGUCUUCUUUCGACAAGUGGACAAGUCAGGAUAUGUCUGGAUUUGAAUGGCGUCGAGGCAAAGUGGCUGCCGCCCCGCGUCAAGUCUAAGCCCAGUGUCUUCACUGACGGCGAGGACUUGCCCUCUCUGCUGACCUAUGAGACACUGGACGUCCUCGCGUUGUCCGAGGUGACGCCUGACUGCUGGCCUGUCUUCAGCGACGAUGCGACAUCCCGAUACUCCUUCUUCGUUACGCACAAUUCCGGAAUCACAAGUGUGUCUUUGUCUCCGUGGGUGUUCCGACUCGAAAGCGAGUUGAGUGGGGAGGCAGAGGCAGGGUCAGAUUUCAGGAUCGGAUUGAUCGCAAGUGGAAAGUCGGCAUUUGACCGAAUCUACGUUGAGCCGCCACCGGGCAAUUCCCUGGCUGCGUGUGUCGCGAUCCGUGACCCUGACCUUGGCUACUUCGUUCUCUCAGCCAAGCCCUCGGAUCCGCUGGCUCUAGUGCUCGAAACGCCCGAGGAUGAGCUUCCACCCAUUAAAUCGUCAUCUUCCCCGACGCCGUUCUACGAGCCCACACCAGAACAAAAAGUCCCCAUGGAGAUGUUCACGCCACGACCCGCAUACCAGCCUUCCGCAGUCUUUGAUCAAUCAUCGAACUUGCAUAAGCUUCAGCAAAUGCUGAUGACAAGUCGGCACGUUGCACUGAUGCAACAGCAGAUCCGCCUGUCACCAGCCACACUAAAGGUGUUUUCCAACGCGCACCAAAUCAUCAGCACAGAAUCCGGGCGUCUUAAUGAGGCAGUCUCGGAACUUUUUCGACGGUGUGAUGCCUUGCGGAUGGAGCUGAAGGAGCAGAUCGUCAAGGCCAAUGAUCUGAAGGGCAGGAUUGAUAGGGUUACAGGCAGAGACGACGAAACCGAGUCGGACGAUACACGCCUCACCCGAGCCGUGUUUGCGCGACGAAAGAAGCAUGAAGAAUUGAUGCAGAGAUUUGAGAACUUGAGGAGGAAGGUCCAGCAGCACACGAGUCGCGAACUCAGCGACAAAGAAAGGGCGUGGGUAGAGGAAGUCAAGACAGUCGAGCAGAACUUAUCUGAACCUGGCGAGGGCGACAAGGGGGCAAUAGUGGUCGCAGGUGCGACCAAAUCACAACAACCCCUGGAGCGCAUCCGAGAGAUCAGGAGCCUCAAGGAAGAGUUGGCGGGACAGGUAGCAGGCUUCGAGGGCAAGGAUAAAUCCGGUGAGGGGAACUCAGAGGGUAGCCCUGGCUCGUCUAUAGUGAGCCUCAGGAUACCCUCCGAGCUGAGGAAGGCCAAGAUAUCCCAGGUCAGAAAUCUCUUGGACAGGGAGACAGCUCUUGUGGAUGCCUUGCAAGAUAGGCUGGAGAGGUUGUCGGUUGGUUGA